CCUCCCUCUUCCUCCUCGCAAAACAAAAACAACGAACCAACAAGCAACCCACCAGCUCGUCCUCAGCACAGCACACCGCACUUGCCGGCUUACUGGCUUGCUUGCUUGCUGCGACCACGCACACACAACCCCCUGCUGCCUGCUGGUUGGUUGCACAGUGGAAGUGGAGUUGAGAAGACGGCCCUGCUUAUAGAGGCGCAACAGAGGCGCGAGUGAAUCCUGUGUAACCAAGUCCUGUUUCUCGUUUGAGGUCCAGCAAGCGGCUGGGAAACGACCAACCAGUACCAAACAAACCACCACGUGACGACCACAGCAUCGCGUCACAAUGGCAACGCGACCCACGGGCUUUGACAAAGCCAAAGAACGAGCCAAGCAGUGGCUCAAAGACCGGUUCCAGCGAACCGAUCUCUUCACCUGCGAGCCUGGGGCGGUGGAUGCGAGGACAACGUCGCGCAUUGAGAAGGCAACGCGCAAGCUGCUGACUUUGUGCUCUAACAAGCGACUCAAAUUAAAGAACAGCCCGCCAUACUUGCAAGGCAUCCUCUUCGACACAAACGACUUUUUCCGGCGCAUCUUCUCCUUGAACACCUUGGACACCCUCCGAGACUGUCCUUACCUCAACCUUGCUGUCCGCAAGUACCUCAUCCACUGCAGAAUUGCAACAAAACUCUUCCGUGACGCCGGUGAAGAGAUGGAGAGUGAGGACUCCGAAUACCGCCGACAGCUCAACAAGUACACGUUGGUGUUCAGCCACAUGCUCGCUGAUCUGCAGGCCGUGUACAAGGACGGCCACUUGGAUGCAGAUUUCACCAUCGUCAAGAUCGAUGCGCGCGAAUUCUGGCACCGCCAAUUUGGCAAGCGACUCGUCGUGCCGUGGUCGGAGCUUGUUCCCAUUAUGCAAGCAGAACUCGGCCUCUCAGAGAAGGAAGGCCCAGCGCUCCAGCACACAAUGGACAUUACCGAAAACAACCACGUGUCGUGGUUUGAGUUUGACGUAUUCACGCGUCUCUUCCAACCGUGGUCGCAGCUGAUCAACAACUGGUACGUGCUCGCGCUCAACCACCCGGCGUACAAGGCCUUCAUCACGUACGACGAAGUCGAGGCGAUCCUGCGCCACCACCUGCACCGGCCCGGCAGCUACGUGUACCGCCUCAGCUGCACGCGUCUCGGGCAGUGGGCCAUCGGGUUUGUCACGCGCGCAGGGAAGAUUGUGCAGACGAUUCCGCAGAACAAAUCACUGUAUCAGGCGCUGCUGGAUGGCGUGGAGGAAAGGCUGUACCUCUACCCGGAUGGAAAGAACGUGCAAUUGGAUCUGAAGAGGAUGAUCAGCGAUGCGCCCCAGAACAGAGUCCAGGUGACAAAGGAGGAGUAUGACAUUUACUGCAACAUGGACUCGACAUUCGAGCUGUGCAAGAUUUGCAACGCAAACCUCAAGAGCGUGCGCAUGGAGCCGUGUGGGCAUCUCAUGUGCAACGACUGUCUGCAGAAAUGGACGCAGACAUCCAAGAAGGACCCGCCGUGCCCCUUUUGCCGCAAACCUGUUUUGAGCGUUGAGAACAUUGUUGUGGACCCGUUUGAUCCCAUCGCUGAUGACGACGACAACGGUCACGAUGAUGUCGAUCACGCUGAUGACGAUGAUGACGACGAUGAUGGUGGUGGUGUGAACGCAGAUGAUUUGGACCUUCUCAAGGACCUCUACCCCUCACACAGAUGUCCAAGUGCGCCCCCACCCCCAAUCUCUCCUCCUCUGUCCCCAACCUCGUCCAGGAAUCGGAGAUUGCCGCCACUUCCACGCGUGUCUGCAUCCCAGGGCGCAUCACGUAGACCAAGUGAGGGCAUGAGCAGUACGGAGCCGGUCGUGGACCCGUCUCGCCUCCGACGGCUCGUUGAGAUGGGGUUUGCGCGGGACCAGUCUGAAAAGGCGCUCAGGAUUGCAAAGAAUGACCUUGAUAUGGCCACAAACAUCCUGCUGUCAUUCACAAACUGACACGUAUUCGCGGCUUUGUGUGUUUCUGUCUGUGUCUGUGUCUGUGUCUGUGUCUG